AUGGGCACGACAGGCCGCUUCCGGCCGCUGCUAGCCCUCCUCGUUUUGCUGCCCGCUGCUUCGCUGGCCUCCUUGUUCUCCCCGUUCUCGCCGAGCACCUUCCCCAACCCUAAGAUCGACCUCCAGGCGUGUGGACGAGACGUGCCGAGCAACGUGUGCGACCCAGACAGUUUGCUGAGCAAAGCAGCAAAAGACUACAUUGAAGGGGUCAUCAAAGCAAUAUGGAAUGGUGAUCCGCCCUACAAGACGCAGGACUGUGCGGGGAAGCAGGCGGGCUACCAGGUGGCGGUCGCGGUGAUGCGGAAGAUGGAGCUGCCAGCUGGAGCCACGCCAGCGGAGGCAGCGCAGGACUUUGCAGUGGCCCUUCAUGAGAAGUGGGGCGUUGGGGACGCGGCUUGCAACAAUGGCAUUUUGUUUCUGCUUUCAGUGGAUGACCGUCAAGUGUACGUCUCCACAGGCAAAGGUGCGCAAGAGGCGCUGCCAGAUGCCAAGAUCGCCGACGUGGUGGCUGAUAUCCGUGGCGAGCUGCGCGCAGCGGACUAUGACGGCGCGGUCAAGAAGGCAAUCGUCGACAUAGGCCUGGGCCUGGCGGGGGGGCACCCCAAAGGCGAUGGCGACGGCGGUGUGGAUUGGUUCGGGGUGGGCAUCCUUGGAGUGCUGGCCGCGGUGUUUGGGCGUGCGGUUUUCAAAUCGCUGCGCCGUAAGCGCGAGUACCGCGAGUGCAAGCGCAUGCUGGCCAAGCUGAAGCGGGAGCAGGAGAACCUGCGAAGCCACGCCUGGAGCUGCCCACAGUCGUGCCCAAUCUGUCUCGAGGACUUUACGGUUCAGCCGCCCUGGCGCAACAGCAAGGCCGGGGACGACGGCGCCUCCUCUUCUGCCGCCCCCACCAGCACUGCAGGGCUGGAUGAGGAGGCGGGGCCCUGUGCCUCGCUGCUGAGUGCUGGCGGGGGCAACUCUGAGGCCGAGUUCAGCAGGAUGACUGCAGCGGGGCAGGCUGCCAUGAGGAGGCUGCGCCAGCGCCGCCGCGCUGCGGCCGGCGACAGUGCCGGCGCGGGCGGGGCCGCGAGCGGGAGUGGGUGGGCCGAGGGCUCCGGCCCCUCCACCAGCCCCGCGGGUGGCGCUGCGGCGGGCGGCCAGGAUGGCAGGCGCGAUCGCACCCCCGUCACCUUGGGCUGCGGCCACACCUUUUGCGAACCCUGCAUUGAGACGUGGCUGGAUAAGGGCACCACCUGCCCCGUGUGCCGUAAGCCCAUCAGCGACGGCAGCGGCACGGAGAGCGGCGACGACCACGCCUCCUCCGUGGCGGCGCGCCAGCGCGUGGCCGACGACUGGCUGGCCACCGACCUGGCCUUCCGCCUGGCAGUGCUGCAGCAGCGCUACCCAGCCUACAUCACUCCCGCCAUGGUGGACACCUGGAGCGGAGAGGCACAGGCAACUGGCUCCUUCAGCUGGGAGACCACGCGUGACUUCCAGCUCAACGACCCCGGCGCCGCACAGCACUACGAGCACGGUGGCAGCGGUGGCUUUAGCACCUCGUUCGGUGGUGGCACCGCUUUCGGCGGCGGCGGGGGCGGGGGUUCGUGGUAA